CAGCGACACUGCGGCGCUUUUCUCCGCUGCUUUGGAGCAGUCGCCGCGGCUCGGGCUUCGGAGCGCGCACAAACCACGCCCCGCCCCGCGGGCAGCGUCCCCGCAGCCCCUCGCCCGGCGGGGAAGGACGAGGAUUGUGCGCACCAGCCCGCACCGAGGCGCUGCGACUCGGGACUCGUCCCCAGCCCGGGGUCCUCUUGAAUCCCAAAGGAAACAUGAUGUGAACCCCCAGCUGGCGAAGCACCCAAGACGCGAGCGGCGGACCGGACCGGAGUCUGUGCACGCCGGGGAGGGCUGGUGCUGCGGGGGCGGAGCCCGCCGAGUGCCGGCCGCCGCGCCCUCCCGCCUGCCCCCUUGGAGGCUGGGGAGGAGGGCCAUGGCCAGCCCGGAGGAGCGGUUCGCUCCCCGCCCCCAGGCCCCGCUGCCAGCGGCUGGGGACGAGCUCGGUCGCGGCCAAGUCCGUCAGGAACCCCGGCGCGGAGAGGCCAGCGGGUGGAGCGCAGUGGGCCUGAGCUUGGCCCGGGAGCUGCCUGGCUGCGGCCGGGAGGAGCUUGCGGCGCCCCCGCCCCUGUCCCGGUCCCUGUCUCCCGCAGGCCACGCCAGCCCCGCUGGGGGCCCCAGCGCCCUCUCCGCGCUCAGCGCUGGCUGCUGCGGCUGGGUGGCGGCCCGCGCUCCCUCCGCGCUCGCCUUCUCCUCCCCUAUCCCCUCCUCCUCCUUUUCAUCUUCCUGGUACUUCUGGCCGCCGCCCCCCCUGCCCCCUCCCCCUCUCGUCCCCUCCUCAUCUGCCUUCCACCUCCCCGUGCGUCUCCCGAGAAGGGAGGGCGCAGCGGCGGCUGGAGGAGGAGGCGGCGGCGGCGAUGCUGGCGGAGGAGGAGGAGGAGGAGGACAAGAGGCAGCUCCCUUGAGCGUCCCCCCCGGCAGUAGUCACCGCAGCGGCGGUGGCAGCGGCGGGCGGCGGCGGCUCUUCCUCUCGCCUGCGAUCCUAGGCUUGCUGCUCCCAGCCCGUGCCGGGCCCCGGCCACCGCCGCCGCCGCCGCGGCUCCCCCUCCACCCGGGCGCGCGCCGCACAGACUCCCCGGGCUUUCCGGGCGCCGGCGGGGGCUGCCCUGGCCUCGGCCCAGGCUCUGCCGCCGGUGGCCGAACUCCGUGGCGGCCCCGAGGCGCCGCCUUCCCCCUAGCCACCGCCUGGCCGCUGCUCUUCAGCUCCGACAUGGAAGAUGGACCUUCUAACAAUGCGAGUUGCUUCCGAAGGCUGACCGAGUGUUUCCUCAGCCCCAGUUUGACGGAUGAGAAAGUGAAGGCCUAUCUCUCUCUCCACCCCCAGGUCUUAGAUGAGUUUGUUUCUGAAAGUGUCAGUGCGGAGACUGUAGAAAAGUGGCUGAAGAGAAAAAACAACAAAGUUGAAGAUGAAUCGGCUCCUAAGGAAGUCAGCAGGUACCAGGACACGAACAUGCAGGGAGUUGUGUACGAGCUGAACAGCUACAUAGAGCAGCGCCUGGACACAGGUGGGGACAACCACCUGCUCCUCUACGAACUGAGCAGCAUCAUCAGGAUAGCCACAAAAGCCGACGGAUUUGCACUGUACUUCCUUGGAGAGUGCAAUAAUAGUCUGUGUGUGUUCACACCUCCUGGAAUAAAGGAAGGUCAACCCCGGCUUAUCCCUGCAGGACCCAUCACCCAGGGCACCACCAUCUCUGCUUAUGUGGCCAAGUCUAGGAAAACGCUGCUUGUGGAGGACAUCCUUGGGGAUGAGCGAUUUCCGAGAGGCACUGGCCUAGAAUCAGGAACUCGAAUCCAGUCUGUUCUCUGCUUGCCCAUCGUCACUGCCAUUGGAGACUUGAUUGGCAUUCUUGAGCUGUACAGGCACUGGGGCAAAGAAGCCUUCUGUCUCAGCCAUCAGGAGGUUGCAACAGCCAAUCUGGCUUGGGCUUCCGUAGCAAUACACCAGGUGCAGGUGUGCAGGGGUCUCGCCAAACAGACCGAACUGAACGACUUCCUGCUGGACGUAUCAAAGACAUACUUUGAUAACAUAGUUGCCAUAGACUCUCUACUUGAACACAUCAUGAUAUAUGCAAAAAAUCUAGUGAACGCCGAUCGCUGCGCGCUCUUCCAGGUGGACCACAAGAACAAGGAGCUGUACUCGGACCUGUUUGACAUUGGGGAGGAGAAGGAGGGGAAGCCCGUCUUCAAGAAGACCAAGGAGAUCAGGUUUUCGAUUGAGAAGGGGAUUGCUGGCCAAGUGGCAAGAACGGGAGAAGUCCUGAACAUUCCAGAUGCGUACGCAGACCCCCGUUUUAACAGGGAAGUGGACCUGUACACGGGCUACACCACACGGAACAUCCUGUGCAUGCCCAUAGUGAGCCGCGGCAGCGUGAUCGGCGUGGUGCAGAUGGUGAACAAGAUCAGUGGCAGUGCCUUCUCCAAGACGGACGAGAACAACUUCAAGAUGUUUGCUGUCUUCUGUGCUUUGGCCUUGCACUGUGCUAACAUGUACCACAGGAUCCGCCACUCGGAGUGCAUCUACAGGGUUACCAUGGAGAAGCUGUCUUACCACAGCAUCUGCACCUCAGAAGAGUGGCAAGGCCUCAUGCGCUUCCACCUGCCGGCACGCAUCUCCCGAGAGAUCGAGCUAUUCCACUUUGACAUCGGUCCUUUCGAGAACAUGUGGCCUGGGAUCUUUGUCUAUAUGAUCCAUCAGUCUUGUGGGACAUCCUGCUUUGAACUUGAAAAAUUAUGUCGUUUUAUCAUGUCUGUGAAGAAGAACUAUCGACGGGUUCCUUACCACAACUGGAAACAUGCAGUCACGGUGGCACACUGCAUGUAUGCCAUACUUCAAAACAACUAUGGCCUCUUUACAGACCUUGAGCGCAAAGGCCUGCUCAUUGCCUGUCUGUGUCACGACCUGGACCACAGGGGCUUCAGUAACAGCUACCUGCAGAAAUUCGACCACCCCCUGGCCGCACUGUACUCCACCUCCACCAUGGAGCAGCACCACUUCUCCCAGACAGUGUCCAUCCUGCAGCUGGAGGGGCACAACAUCUUCUCCACCCUGAGCUCCAGCGAGUACGAGCAGGUGCUGGAGAUCAUCCGCAAAGCCAUCAUCGCCACUGACCUCGCCCUGUACUUUGGGAACAGGAAGCAGCUGGAGGAGAUGUACCAGGCAGGGUCGCUGAACCUCCACAAUCAGUCACAUCGAGACCGUGUAAUCGGGUUGAUGAUGACUGCCUGCGAUCUUUGUUCUGUGACAAAGCUAUGGCCAGUCACAAAACUGACAGCAAAUGAUAUCUACGCAGAAUUCUGGGCUGAGGGUGAUGAGAUGAAGAAGCUGGGCAUACAGCCCAUCCCGAUGAUGGACAGAGACAAGCGGGACGAGGUCCCUCAAGGACAGCUUGGAUUCUACAAUGCUGUGGCCAUUCCCUGCUACACCACGCUGACACAGAUCCUCCCGCCCACAGAGCCGCUGCUGAAGGCCUGCAGGGAUAAUCUCAAUCAGUGGGAGAAGGUGAUUCGUGGGGAGGAGACUGCGUUGUGGAUUUCAGCCCCAGCAGCUGGCAAAGGGGCAUCUGAGAAGCUGCCUGUGAAGGCUGAUGACUGAGCCCGGCGAGUCACCUGCCCAGCGACUGCCCCUCAUCCUGCUUCUUUGACUUUGUUCCUUUUAUUUUUAAGCUGGGGAAACCUCUCCCAGAAGGUACCAUCACACACACAUACAUACACACACACACACACACACACACACACACACACACACACACACACACAUGUGAAGCGGAUGACCCCUGCUUGCCGCACACGCCUUGGACAGUGAGAACCUGGGGCUCCACCUGACUUCUGAAUGCCAUCCGCGAACAGGCCAGCGAUGCACUGGCCUUGGAGGUGGGCAGAGACCACAAUAGGGCUUCCUGCCUGGGUCCUUCCAUGAGGGUGUGGCCAGUACCCUGGUUCUGUGCUUCGUCUCUACGGCAAUGCUGCUUGGUGGCAUUGGUUAUAAAUAGGACACAUGUCCCUGUGGUGACAUGUCACCUCCUUGUGGUAGCCUGGGACACAGGUAACGAAGGUCACAACCCACAGGUGAUAGAGAAAUUCAAGUUGUUGAUUGUAGGCAGACUAAGGGUGUGUUCUUUCGGUUUAUUUGGGGGCACAUAGGCAAGUCAGCUCCACUGAAGGAAGAAGACCUCUGCCCUUGGUCAAGGAGACACAGGGUACAUCCCAGGCAUCUAAAAAGUGCAACUCUCACUUCAAACCAUGUCAAAAAUUAAAACACUUUCCCCUCACUGUAGACUGUAGCCUUCGGCAACUUUAACCAAAUCCUUUGCACAAAGAAAAUAAAAGCAAGGCAUACACAUUUCCUCCAGCAAGAAGACCUGUGAGUAAACAAUGUGAAUUUUCAAAUCAGUUUCUUUAUAUUUUUAUUGUGUGCUAGGGCAGCAUUUUUAUCACAUCCCAAAUGAAAGAUGAUCCUAAAUAAUGUCCCCUUCCAUGCUGUAAUCCCUUCAGAGGCGCCGGACAGUGCAGCCUCAGUCUCCUGGAAUUCCGAUCUCUCCCCUCACGGUGCGGUCAGGCCCAACAGGAGGAGGUGCAGGGCCAUCACAUCGACCCCUGAUUAUGUCCUCUCUGCCACUCUCAUAUCCAGUGCUCCUCAAAGAACCCCAAGUGUGACUAGUUCUUGUGUGUGACUUUCUGGGGACUGCUGCUGUGUGAAGUUUGAGAAGGCAGCAGAGUCCUCUGGGCCCUUCCUGCUGGGUUCUGAGGAAGUCCCGGUUCACACCGUGAGGAUUCUCAUGGCAGUGGCAUGGAGUCGCUGCUUGGUGGUUCUCGCUUAGUGAAUGAGUCUUGAGAAGGUAGAGGCUGGCCAGGAAUGACGGCUCUCUCACCACUGUGGCAGGUGUGUGGAAAGUUGCUCUGAAAUGAAUUCCUGAAGUAGACUUGGAUGCGCUCGAUACUGUACACACCACUGCUUAGAGAAGCCUGGCAUUUGCAAAAAUCUAUUCAGUUUUCUUCUACAUACUGAUUGAUGUUGUAGCAGAGUGGGCUGCACACAGACCUUGUUCUCAUAUUAAUACCACGUGUUCAGUUUCCUCACGGGCUUCUGGGAAGUCUCCCUCCACAUGCCUCCAUUUGCUGUUGUCCCCACAGGAGGUAAAAGGUGAUGCAGGUGAACACCAGGGCUGUGCACACAUGCACACAUGGUGUGGGGACAAACACACAGCACACA